AUAAGUUAAGUAUUCAUCAAAGUGUGUGCCACGUGCGGUGCACUUAGAAACUGUACUCCAAGGUCGAUGGACUCGGAUAAUUUGCGACUAGGUAUUAUUGACAUGUCACUGCCUGUUGAGCUAUUCAACAGUGCGAGGAGGAGACUUGAAGAUCCUCCCAUAUCUGAUGGCGAUAAUGACACGUGCUCUGAUUUAUCUGAUGAUGACUGUGAACCCCAUAUUCCUUCCUCGAGUGAUGAGGAAUGUAGUGAUAGUGCGAGUGACACGGAGUGUGACAAUUUAAAUAGAGUUGAUGAUACUGUAGAAAAGUUUGUGUUGGGGAGAGACAAAAUAACCAAGUGGUAUGCUGAGUCUCCUAGACCUGAAAAGGACUUGCAGCCAAAUAUUGUUCAUGAAGAGGCUGGUGUUCACAGUGACUUUCCAACACGCAGUGAAUAUGCCGCUUUCAACUUUUUCAUAACUGAUGAAAUAAUUGCAAUAACUCUGAAAGCAACAAAUCAAAGAGGAAGUGUUGUGCAUGGUGCAAACUGGAAAAAUGUGAAUGCAGUUGAACUGAUGGGUUGGCUGGGACUUCAUAUUAGAUGUGGAGUCGACAGGGAUAAUUUUCGUCAUAUUGACGAACUGUUCAGCGCCAAGACGGGUCCACCUAUUUAUCAAGCUACCAUGAGUCGUGCCCGUUUCCUACAAAUUAAGAAGUGCAUCAGAUUUGACGACAUGAACACCAGAAUGGAGCGAAAGUCUGGGGAACAAGGCUGGCUGGCACCUAUACAUGAUGUUUUUGAGAGGUUUGUUGAGGCAUGUCAAGUCAACUACAAGGCUAGUGCGUACGUUACUAUUGAUGAGUUGUUACUACCAUUUAGAGGAAAAUGCCCAUUCAAGGUGUAUAUGCCCCAAAAAACGGAUAAGUAUGGCAUAAAAGUGUGGAGCAUGGCUGAUGCAACAAAUGCUUAUCUUCUGAAUGCUCAAAUCUAUAGGGAGAAAGUUGGACAAGCUGAAACAAAUCCCCAGAGAGUUGUACAUGAUCUCAUUGCAACAAUUGAAAACACUGGAAGAAAUGUGACUACAGGUAAUUUGUUUACUGACUUCAGCCUUGCCAAAUCACUUCUUGACAAAAAUCUGACACUGCUUGGAACUUUGAGGAGGAAUAAACCGGAAAUUCCUUCCUCAUUUAAACGAUCAAAGGGCCGUAAGAUCUACUCAACCGAAUUUGGUUUUUCUAAGGAAGAACGUGUUAUGAUCUGCAGCUACGUCCCUAAGAAAGGGAAAGCUGUUCUGAUGUUAAGUUCAAUGCACUUUAACAAAGAUGUACAGGAAAAAGAUCCUUUCAAGCCUCAUGUCAUACUAGACUACGAUGCAACAAAAGGUGGCGUUGAUCAACUAGACGUGCUUGUAAAGAACUACACUUGUAAGCGCAUCUCAAAUAGAUGGCCUUUGGUAGUUUUCUAUUGGAUGGUUGACAUUGCCGGUUACAAUUCUUUUGUGAGUUUCACGGAGAAGAAUCCCACAGCAUAUGAAGGACCUAGACAGCGAAGGAAAUUCCUAACGGUGCUGGCAGAAAGAUUGUGCUUGCCACAGAUCAAACAAUAUUCUCAGUCAUAUGGAAGAUUUAUGCCAUGUCAUGUCAAAAUGUGCGUGAAGGCUUUUCUAAACAGAGAAGAUAGGCCGUCAGUAACCCAGAGUGAAGGAGAGGAGAAGAAAAGAAAAUGUGGAUUUUGUUCUAUGAAUAUAAAUAAGAAGAAAAAGAAGUCUUGCACAAAUUGUGACAAACCAAUCUGUGCAGAGCACUCUUAUUCAGUUUGCACUGAAUGUUUACCAUAUUUGUAAAUCAUUCAGGUGUUCUAAAUGUCAAUCUUGGAUAUAAGUUGAAUGUAUAUAUAUGCUGGAUGCACAUUGAGCAUGUACUGAAUAUAGAUGUUGGAUUUGUUUGUGAUCGUGGAUUCGAUCAAAUUUUGUCGUUUCAUUGUUCUAUGGUAUUAUAAUGUGCACAUUUAUUGUGUGUAGAGCAUAGCAUGCUGAAUGAAGGAGGAUGCAAGCCAAAAAUAUAUGCUAUAGCCAUUAAAUGUGCAAACUUUGAAAAUUUCAUAGAUUCAACAAUUUUGUGUUAAUUAGAAACUUUCAAAAACACAAGGGACACAAGGUGGAUUGGCUCCACGAGCCGUGUCCUGGGCAACAUAUGUACAAAAUAUAAUAUUUGUAACUGCAUAUGGCAGAAAUCCACCAUUGAAAUUUGUCUUUCAGGAACCUGGCAUGCCACACCAGGUUACAUUGUCCCACCUGACAUGCAACCAGUUCUGUAACUAUGAG